CAAGGGAACUGUAAUUAUGGGGAUAAGUGUAGGUAUUUACAUUCUUGGAGUCUAGGGGAAGGUUUUACGAUGUUGAGUCAUCUUGAUGGGCACCAAAAAGUUGUUAGUGGAAUUGCGUUGCCAGCAGGGUUGGAUAAGCUCUAUACGGGGAGUAAAGAUGAGACCGUGAGGGCUUGGGAUACCAACUCUGGUCAGUGCAUGGGUGUGAUUAAUCUUGGUGGUGAAGUGGGUUGCAUGAUUAGUGAAGGUCCUUGGCUGUUUGUUGGCAUACCGAAUGUUGUCAAGGCAUGGAACACCCAAACUAACUAUGAGCUCAGUCUUACUGGACCUGUUGGACAAGUUUAUGCUAUUACAGGAUGGGUACGUUGGCAUAUCUCGGCUUCAUCAGAAACUUCCCUUUCUCUUUUCAAUUCUAUUGCAUCUCCUAUAUUCCAAUAA